AUAAACAAUUUUCUGCAAUGACAAGCACAGGACUCAUAAACGUAUGAAGAAUAAAACCAAAGUCCACAAAUAACAUUUCGUCGAAUGGCCGUUUGUUUGGAACAGUGUCACUACAUUGUGAGGUUAUCGUUUCAUCAAUUAAAUUAAGUAAACCACUGGCCACGGUUUCAAAAUCCCCUCAAAAUGGGGAGAUACAGAAAGAAAGAGUUAUCAAAUGAUGACAGUAGUGACAGCGAGGAGGAGCGUCGCAAGCGAGAUAUCCAAGCCCGAGAUGAAUUUGCAAAACGUCUGAAAGAAAAAGAUGAAUCAAAAGUGCGAAAGCUGGCGAUGCCAACGGGAUCUGGAACAGUGGAGGCAGCAAAAAGGUUAAAAAUCAUGGAGACUGACUCCAGAGAGAAACUCCUGCCAAAACUUCGAGUUGAAUCACGUCGUCAAUACCUGGAAAAACGAAAAGAAGACAAAGUUACUGAGCUGGAGGCUGACAUAUUGGACGACGAGUACCUCUUCAAUGAAGAAAUUCUAACCGAACGUGAGAGAAAAGAAAGAGCCCACAAAAAGCAACUCUUGCAAUUGGCAAUUGAACAUGAGAAAGCGAGAGAACUCGAGAGAGUCCAGAGGUAUCACAUGCCAUUGGAGAAGGGAAAGGGUGAGAUUGAAUCAGAGCCAAUAGACAUUGAACCACCGCAAUCAGAACAGAGCAAAUGGGAGUCACAUCAGAUGACAUCAGCGCAAUUUAAAUUUGGAGUGAAGAAUAAACAAGAAAAACAAGAGUACGAAUUGUUACUGGAGGACGAGGUGGAAUUUGUUCAGGCACUGGGAAUCCCCGGAGUUACUGAUGAGCGUCGUGAAAGUCAACCAGUGGUUGAGAAGACAAAAGUUCUGACGACAAUCGAAGAAACGCAAAAAAGUCUACCUAUCUAUCCAUUCAAACGAGAUUUGGUUCAAGCGGUGAGAGAUCAUCAGGUUCUGAUAAUUGAAGGAGAGACUGGCUCAGGUAAAACGACACAAAUACCUCAAUAUCUCUACGAGGCUGGCUUCAGCAAGAACGACAAGGUCAUUGGAUGUACAUCACCAAGACGAGUGGCUGCCAUGUCCGUUGCUGCUCGAGUGGCUCACGAAAUGUCAGUGAAACUUGGAAAUGAGGUGGGCUAUGCCAUCAGAUUUGAGGACUGUACGUCACAUCGAACGAGGAUAAAAUACAUGACUGAUGGUACAUUGCACAGAGAAUUUUUGAGUGAACCAGAUCUCGGAUCUUAUAGUGUUAUGAUAAUUGACGAAGCUCACGAGCGUACCCUACAUACAGAUAUUCUCUUCGGUCUCGUUAAAGACAUCACUCGUUUUCGAAAGGAUUUGAAGCUCUUGAUAUCAUCGGCAACCCUAGAUGUGAGCAAAUUCAGUGCAUUUUUCGAUGGUGCACCGAUUUUUCAAAUUCCUGGCCGUCGAUUUCCAGUGGAUAUUUAUUAUACUAAAGCACCUGAGGCUGAUUACAUUGAUGCUUGUGUUGUUUCGAUACUUCAAAUUCACGCCACUCAACCUCGAGGUGAUAUUCUGGUGUUUCUAACGGGUCAGGAUGAAAUUGAAACGUGUCAGGAGAUGCUGCAGGAGAGGGUCAGACGACUGGGAACUAAAUUGGCGGAACUGAUGAUUCUUCCUGUAUACGCUAAUUUACCCAGUGAUAUGCAGGCAAAAAUAUUUGCACCAACACCCCCUGGAGCUAGAAAAGUCGUUCUUGCGACGAAUAUUGCAGAGACAUCAUUGACUAUUGAUAAUAUUGUUUAUGUCAUUGAUCCUGGAUUUGCGAAGCAAAAUAAUUUUAACUCAAGAACGGGAAUGGAGAGUCUCAUGGUUGUGCCUAUCAGUAAAGCAUCAGCCAACCAGAGAGCUGGAAGAGCUGGAAGAGUUGCACCUGGAAAGUGUUUCAGGCUUUACACUGCUUGGGCUUAUCAGCAUGAACUUGAAGACAAUACUGUACCUGAAAUUCAGAGAAUUAAUCUUGGAAAUGUUGUGCUAACUCUCAAAGCUCUGGGUAUCAAUGACCUUGUCCACUUUGAUUUUCUGGAUCCUCCGCCACACGAAACACUUGUUCUCGCUCUGGAACAACUGUAUGCUCUUGGCGCAUUGAAUCACAAAGGAGAACUCACGAAACUGGGGCGAAGGAUGGCUGAAUUCCCCUUGGAUCCCAUGAUGGCGAAGAUGUUGCUGGCGAGUGAAAAGUAUCGGUGUUCUGAGGAAGUCGCCACUAUCGCCGCGAUGUUGUCUGUGAAUGGAGCUAUUUUUUAUCGACCCAAGGAUAAAAUCAUUCACGCCGAUACAGCCCGGAAGAAUUUUCAUGUACCUGGGGGAGAUCAUCUAACGUUACUUAAUGUUUACAAUCAAUGGCAGCAGAGUGAUUUCAGCACCCAUUGGUGCUACGAGAAUUUCAUACAACACAGAUCAAUGAAACGAGCUAGAGACGUCCGUGAACAGCUAGUUGGUCUGAUGGCACGAGUUGAAAUGGAACUCAUCUCUGGAAUUACAGAUACCAUAAACAUCAGAAAAGCGAUAACCGCUGGCUACUUUUAUCACGUAGCAAGACUAUCAAAAGGUGGACACUAUAAAACGGCAAAGCACAAUCAGACAGUCUCCAUUCAUCCCAAUAGUUCACUGUUCCAAGAGUUACCGAGGUGGCUGCUCUACCACGAGCUUGUGUUUACCACCAAAGAGUUUAUGAGAUCAGUGACGGAAAUCGAGAGUAAAUGGCUGUUGGAAGUAGCACCGCAUUAUUACAAGCCGCGUGAGCUAGAGGAUUCGACUAAUAAAAAGAUGCCAAAGGUGGCAGGACGAUCGAGACCUGAUGGCACUCAGUAAUUUAAUUAAUGCAAUUGGAUUGUAUUUUUGGACUUUUAAUAGGCGAGAGGAGAGGAGACCUGUUAGAUUAGUUCUAGUAGAACUUUUAGAACUGGAUUGACAGCCAAACAUCUCUCGAAUGCAAAUUGUACAGAAUAAAAUUUUUAUAAAAUAGCUUUUCAAGGAUUUGUUUUUUAAAUAUUGAUAAAUAAAUAAUCGUAACGAGUUGGAACAACCAAAUACGAUACGAGAAGUAAAAGACUAGGGUGAAGUUGAACUAACAUGGUCAGAACCUUUUGAAAAAUCUGUAGUCGAUUAAGUUAUAAUUAUAGUUUAUAUUCUCUGAACAGAAAUAUUUUUGUAAAUAUUUAGGGAGCAAUAAUGUAGAAUGAAGGAAUAGCAGCGUCUGUUGGUUUUGUACCUUCUAAUUGGUUUCUUCGAUGUUGUAGUUGUAAUUGCGAAUGUUAGAAAACAUUGUGAAACGGGGCGAAAGUAAUAACUUCGAUAUUUGUUAUUGACUUUUAAAAAUCGAUGAGAAUGAAAUGAAAUUUGUGGAUUUAUACGUCAUUUGUGACUCAUUGAAGAGUUUUUGUUUAUUGCUACUUAUUGUAGCGAUCAUGUGAAUUGUUCAUCAUUUUGUUUUCAACUAUAUUUCAUUUCUAUAAAUAUGGAAUCUAAAAGUU